CUCUGCCUCUCUGUGUAUUCUUUCCUGUUAUCUGGCCAGCUUGCAGCGCUCUGUGUGGAGGAGACGAAGGGAGGGUGCAGGGUGAGCUGUCAGAGGGACUCGUGGACAGGUUGGUCCAUUUUACCCCGUCUUCCUGCCAAACCGUCUGUCCAUCACUGUGUCAGAGCUGCCUGCAUCGUGUGGAUUUAUCUCUGUGUGAGUGACACCUGGGAAGGCGAGGGAAACCUGAGUGGAGAGGUCAGCAGUGUGCCACCACUCGCCACCUCCCGUCCCCCACUCCGUCCCCCCUGUGUGUGGAUGACCUGUGUGAUCUUCUAGUCGGCUCCUCAGCACCAUGAACAAGAUGAAGAACUUUAAAAGGCGUUUCUCUCUUUCUGUUCCUCGCACUGAGACCAUCGAGGAAAAUGAGUUCACUGAGCAGAUUAACCAGCUCAACAUACGGCACACUCAGGGCCUGACUCCAGACAGGCUGGGUCCACCAUCUCAUGAUGCCAGUCCAGUGAGCCCUGAACCAACAACACCGGGAGCCCAGUCUCCUUCCCACCUCCACUAUCACAGCAAGGCCCAGCACAGACGUUUCUCCAUGGAGGACGUCAGUAAGCGCAUGUCUCUGCCCAUGGACAUCCGCCUUCCUCCAGAGUUUCUCAAGAAACUGCAGCUGGAGAGUGACAACUCACCGCUCUGCAAACCUCUCAGUCGCAUGUCUCGACGUGCUUCACUGUCUGACAUAGGCUUUGGAAAACUGGAGACAUACGUGAAGCUUGGCAAACUGGGUGAGGGGACGUAUGCCACAGUGUUCAAAGGGCGAAGCAAACUAACAGAGAACCUGGUGGCGUUAAAAGAGAUUCGGCUGGAGCACGAGGAGGGGGCACCUUGCACAGCUAUCAGAGAAGUGUCUCUACUGAAGAACCUCAAACACGCCAACAUCGUCACGCUGCACGACAUCAUCCACACCGAACGCUGCCUCACUCUGGUGUUUGAGUAUCUUGACAGUGAUCUUAAACAGUACCUGGACAACUGUGGGAAUCUCAUGAGCAUGCAUAACGUCAAGAUCUUCAUGUUCCAGCUGCUGCGUGGUCUUUCCUACUGUCACAAGAGGAAAAUCCUCCACAGAGACCUAAAGCCUCAGAACCUGCUCAUCAACGACAAGGGCGAGCUCAAACUGGCCGACUUUGGUUUGGCAAGGGCCAAGUCCGUUCCCACUAAGACCUACUCUAAUGAGGUGGUAACUCUAUGGUAUCGACCCCCUGAUGUGCUGCUGGGCUCUACAGAAUACUCCACACCCAUCGACAUGUGGGGCGUGGGCUGUAUCCUGUAUGAGAUGGCAACAGGUCGUCCCAUGUUUCCUGGUGCCACAAUCAAGGAGGAGCUACACCUAAUUUUUAGGCUCAUGGGUACUCCAACAGAAGAGACUUGGCCUGGUACCAGUAGUAAUGAGGAGUUUAGGUCUUACCUCUUUCCUCAAUACAGACCUCAAGCUCUCAUCAACCAUGUGCCCAGGUUGGACACAGAGGGGAUCGACCUGCUGUCUGCUCUGCUGCAGUACGACACCAGGAGCAGAAUCUCUGCUGAAGCCGCUCUACGACACCCCUACUACCUGAGUCUGGGGGAUAACAUACACAAAUUGGCAGACAGUCGCUGCAGCCCCACCACGACAGCCCAAACUGACUACCCUCACUCAAAUGAGUGGGAGUUUUUGCUGCAGCGCCUCAUUUGGUCUGAAUCAGCCCUUAGAACCACGAGUAAAGGUGUGAACGGGUCUUAA